GUAUAGCAGCUAUAAAAACCACAGCCACGUCUGUGCAGGGCUCGCCUUUGCUUUCCCUGUGCUCAAUUAGAGCUUAAAAGCCUCCGCACACCUCGUUGAAGUAGUCUGGACUGGCCGAGAGGCGGAGCGUUUUAGUCUCAAAAGUCCCACAACUAUUUUUUUUUUUUGUUUUGUUUCCAGUGCAUGCAACUUAUCUAAAUAAAAUACAACCCCGCGGGGCCACACGACUCGCUUCCCGAUUCAUUCAAAGCCACGCAAGAAGUGCAUUAGCGUGCGCGAUAUUUGCGGCUUGUGUUUCACGUGCGGCUGCGGGCCCCGGCCAGCCGCGGCGGUCCUAAUCCGAGUCCAAGGCUCCCCUUCAGAACAUAUUAGCGUCAGGUUGCAGGCGCUCCAAAACCAGCUCCGCGGUGGCCUCGCUGAUAAUUUGCCCAUUGACAGUACCGCCACAUUAAAAUAAAAUCAAAUCAAAUAAAAUAUGGAAAUUGUAGAACGCACCCUGAAGUUGUGCGUGAAGUGCACACGACCGUUUGGAUUUAUUUUAUUUUUUGAAUGCGUACUGCUAAUAACGUCUCAAAUAGUUAUUUGAAACCACAAAUAACCAAACUUUUGGGUUGAAUCUUUAAAUUGAAUUGUAUAGCGCUUUAUAUGAUGGACCUGAUGGUAAAAAAAAAAAAUGUAGCUCAAAUGUUUUACUGCUGCAGCGAGGCAGAUAUAUUUUGUAAAUAUAUGUCCGGCAAAGACUUGAAGAAAUGGCCGUGCGUCAAAGUGGAGACGAAGAGCGUGCUGCGACAAAUGGAGCGCUUUAUUCCUCCGUGUCGGAAUCCAGUCAAAUACACUUGUAGGUCACGUCCAAUUCAAAAAGCAAUAUUUUGGGUUGGAGCAUAGCACGGCAAAAAUAUUACUUGAAAUACCUGGUGCGUUCAUCUGAAGUGUACUUUUUAAAAACCCGAAUAUUACACGUAUGCAAGGCCUAACUUUAAGAAUUGCAUCCCUUACAUUUGUUGCGUGCCCGCCUAUUUCCUUUCACCUUUGCUGUGGCGUAGACAGUUUGAAACGUUAGCCGCUACUUUGAACAUGACCCUGAUAACCAAUUGCGCACUGAGCCAAACGCUCGGCGUUGUAAAAAAGCACCAAAUGGCGACGACUAAGACGAUUCAAAAAGCAGACUUUGGAGAUAAGAUCGAGCGUCUCCUUCCUCCAAUUCGCGUAGUAAAUUUCAAAUCCGCUAAUCAAAGUGAACACAAAGUUGGAAUGCCGUAUUUGAAAAUAAAUAAUCGCGCACAUGGUGAGAGCAAAUAACCUGCGGAAGUAUGUUUUGAUAUUUCGCGGUGGUGUUGCAAAUUAUUGAGCGCAAAUUGGUGCGGUCGCGAAGGAGUGAUGGCGGUUUUCUGCUCGUCUGAUCUGUUGCAAUUUCAAAGAAUUCAUUCCGAGUCCAACACGACCAUAAACUAUCAAUGUCAAGCUUAGCGGGCGGGCGCGCGCUCUCACCCACGCACGCGCGCGCUGCAAAAUCUGUCAAUUUCUGCCGCCUGGUCACGUGACUCCCGCCUCCGUGGAGUGGACGGCGAUGGCUCUCCACGUCAGCUUUACGUCUCGCAAUUUCUGCCUGGCGGAGCUGCUUGAGAGAGGCGAGAAGCACGGCGCCUCAGAGCCAUGUUCAGGGCGGGCGUGGAGGGAUCCGAGGCGUAGGAACGGGAGCCAUGAUGGAUUUUGACGACAGGGUGCCUGUCGGCUCCAACAUGUAUUUGCCCAGCUGCACCUACUACGUGUCGGCGGGGAGCGACUUCUCCGCGCUGCCCUCCUUUUUAUCCCAGAGUGCGUCCACCCGGCCGGUCACCUACUCGUACUCGUCCAACCUCCCGCCGGUGCAGCCCGUCCGCGAGGUGACGUUCAGGGAGUACGCGGCCAUCGACGCGUCCGCCAAAUGGCCGCACCGGGGCAAUUUGGCGCAGUGCUACCCGGGCGCGGAGGACAUGGUGCACCGGGACUGUCUGUCGGCGCAGUCGGACAUUUUCGGCAAAAGCAGCCCCGCCGCCGCCGCCGCAGCCUACCACCACCAUCACCACCACCAUCAUCACGGCACCGCCGGCUCGUCCAACUUCUACGGCAACGUGGGGAGAAACGGCGUCCUCCCGCAAGCCUUCGACCAGUUCUACGACACGGCGUACGGCACCGCCACCGACAGUCCCUCCGCCAACGGCUACACCGGAGACAAAACGCACAGCAAGCAGCCCGCUUCGGCUCCGGAGGACUCGGGCUCGUCCUGCCGGGACGCCGAAGCCAAGGAGCCCCGGGAGGAAACCAGCAGCCCCGAGCUGUCUUCCGGCAACAAUGAGGAGAAAUCCGCCAGCAAUGGACAGAGGACCCGCAAGAAGAGGUGCCCUUAUUCCAAGUAUCAGAUCCGAGAACUUGAGCGCGAAUUCUUUUUCAGCGUGUACAUCAACAAGGAGAAGCGUCUGCAGUUGUCUCGGAUGCUCAACCUGACCGACCGCCAAGUGAAGAUCUGGUUCCAGAACCGUCGCAUGAAGGAGAAGAAGCUGAACCGGGACAGACUGCAAUACUACACGUCCAACCCUCUGCUUUCGUGAGCGACGUCUUUGACUUCCCUCUCAGGCUGCGGCUGGCGUCGGCAGGCACCACAAUGGCCGCCAACACGAUAGCGGUUGCUUUCAAGUUCGCAGACGGCCCAAAUGGCCAGCUUCGAUGAAGACGUUUUUGCCUCAUGGACUUUUAUUCCGCUAUUCGAGCUCUUUUUUUGGGGAGAGGUAAAAGGGGGAACUAGGCGUAAAACCGGUCACCCCACGCACUAGUCUGAUUCACGUGCUCCCUUUUUAAAAAAAAAAAAAAAUCAGUUUUUACUCUGACUGAACCAGUGUAUUUUGUCAUCAAAAUGUAAUGAUUUUUUAUCGGUAUAAAAUAAAAUAAAAAACGGAAUUCAUGUACGAGUGAAUCAGUAGAAACUUUGGUGUGACCAAAUAUUGUCCGAACGAAAUGAGAAUGUAACGUAGUUUUUUUCCCCCCUCUGUGUGUGCUUAUUUAUUUUGUAGCCACUCGUUUACUUCAUUUUAAUGUCACGGCUAACCACGUCAGAAUUUCUAAGCAGGUUCACAGUCUUCCAUUUUGAGGACGGAGUAUUUGUGUAGUUUUAAUACCCCAAACCGGCAAUGCCAUUUUAAUUUUUUUUUCAACUGACUUCUUAGUCAAAAUACUGCAGGCCUAACCACCAGAGACAUAAGCUCGUCCACCGGAUCCACGGGCGGUGUACACGCGGCCCAAAACGGGUACAAAAGUGCAGCGGGUUUCUGCUGCAAGCGGCGUUUUCACCCCCAACUCCAUCGUUUCCGGUUCUCUUUCAUGACUCGCAAUUGUUUGGUUCUUGCGGUCUGACACCCAAUCUGAAUAUGAUGUAAAACAAAAAUCAAAACAAAUGUUUGCUGUCGGAGCCCAGAAGGGGUCAGGGUCACCGCAUCGACCCUCCUGCUU